GGGACCAUCCUGCCCCUGUCCUCAGGGGCUCACAGGCUGGAUAGAAGUGGGGUGUAGGGGAAUGGACAUAGAAUAUUAGAACUCUUGGAGUCAAGUACUGGGAGAGAGAGAGUGGCUGGGGGAGACAGCUGCGGCAGCGGAGGCCUUAAGUCAACAUUUGCUGAACUGAAAGGGCCUGAGGAGUAGGCUGUGGAAGGCUUCCUAGAGGAGUUGCCACCACCUGUCCUGAGUUCCAGCAUCUCCCAAUGGUAGAGGCCAGCUGCUCCAAGGAUGACAUCUUCUUUCCUGGAUCCCAUACUCCUGCCCAGGCCACCUGGAGUCAGGCGGGGCUGGGCUUCUGGAACUAAUGAUGGCACUCUGACGUUGCUUCUGAAUCCUGCUUUCUCCCUCCACUUGCUUGGUCCGAGCCCUGCCUCCCUCCCCAGCUCCUGGCCUCUUCUGUCCACACAAUAACAGGAUGUGAUCCGUUCGAAGAGAGGAAGUGGGGAGGACGGGCAGUGCUGAUAGCGCCGUUCUGACUCUCCACUCUUCCCCUCCCCUGCGGACCAGCCCCUGGAGCUGCCUCCUCCUGCAGGCCUUGUCGGGCUUCCCCGUGGGUCCAGCAGGGGACUGCUGGAGCCAGACCUGAGGGUAGGUGCUGAGGCCUUUGAUCUAGCUCAGAUCUUGUCUGAGGGAGACCUGCCACAUCUCCAGGGACCACAUGGGGCCAGGAGGAGGAGGUGAACUGGGUCCAGGAUCCGACUGUGCUCAGUGGAUCUCAGGCAAACACCACCAACACCCCCAGCAGCUCCAGAAGCUCAGUCAGCAGCCGCGGAGGGAAGGCCCAGGAGCUACCUGCAGCCAUGUCAGCCUUCAACCUGGUCAUUCUGGGCCUGCUCACCUCAGUGCCACCUGCCAGCUGUCAACAAGGUUUGGGGAACCUGCAGCCCUGGAUGCAGGGCCUCAUCGCAGUGGCCGUGUACUUGGUUCUCGUUGCAAUUGCUUUUGCCGUUAACCACUUCUGGUGCCAGGAAGAGCCGGAGCCUGGAAACGUGGUCAUGACUGUUGGGAACAAGGCAGAUGGGAUCCUGGUGGGAAUGGAUGGAAGGUACUCCUCCACGGUGGCCAGCUUCAGGUCCAGUGAGCACAAAAAUGCCUAUGAGAAUGCCCUGGAGGAGGAGGAGAGCAAGGUCCGCAGCACCGCCAUGUGACCUGGCUCACGGUGGCCCCCAGCCCUGAGAUUGAGGUGAAUACCACCACCUGGCCACUGCCUUCUCUGUGCAGGAAUCUACAGUCAAGGACUGACUGCCCAGCAGUUCUAGCCAGUCAAGGUUGGGGCUCAGACCAUGUCCAGGUUGGGGUGCCGGUAUGGCCCUCGCGUCUUCCUGGAUGCCUCCCACCCAAUUCAGAAGAGUGGAUGGAAGACGCAGUCAGUUUAGCCUCCCGGGCUGCCUCCCUUUCUCCCCUAUAACCAUGGAAAGGACCCUUAUUUCUGUGAAAUAAAGACUUUUUGUACUUC